AUCAUCUCAAACAAGGAAAGCAAUCAUAAUGAUGCGAAAGAGAGGCGCAGGGUUGUUCUGUGUGGUUAUAAUUGCCAUGGCUGCAUUGCUCAACUGCGCCGAAGCAGCGAAACAACCGCCGGCGAAACAACCCGGCCCUGCGCCAGUUGAUAAAUGUAAAACAAAGGAAGGUCUUUAUCUACCAGAAUGCAUAGGUCACAGGCCUGGGCCUAUCCCGGUUAACAAAUACACCCGUGGUUGCUUAAACUUGAACAAGUGUCGCAGCCAACAUGGCUAAACAUCGCCAUACACUACUCUCUGCCAUACACUACUCUCUUUUACAUUGAAUUUAAUAUUUUCAUUAUUUGUUUGAUUUCUGGUUCGUGUUCGAAUCUUAAUUAAUUUAUAUUAUAUUCAUUUUUAGUUUAAUUUGAUUUUGUUACAAUGAUCAAAUUAAUGUUACUAAAACAAUUCAAUUCAAUCUUAUUUUAUAGUGUGGAUCUUGACAUUUAUUUUAUCGUUCUUUGUUUGUUAAUUAUGCUAAAAAAAAUAAGGCUUAACCCCUAAAAAACCCCUCACCUUUCAAUCUCCCUUCGUUUUCACCCUCGCCUUUCAAAAUCUCCAAUUUUACCCAAAUUAUCACCUUUCAUUUUCAAUUGCAUCCUAAAAAUAUUAAAUUGGGCUUUUGUCACUAAAAAAAGUUGAAAUCGAUACUUUAUAUUUUAAUUCAUGUUCUAAAUAGUCCUUACUGUUUAAAUUUCAACCACAAAACCAUAUUUGAGGAUAUUUUUAAUUGAUUUCUAUUUUAUAUAAAAAAAAUUUAACUUUUAAAAUUUUAGGAAAUAUGGUUUUAUUGUUAAAAUUUAAACAUUGAAGAUUAUUUAGAAUAUGAAUUAAAAUAUAAAUUAUCGAUUUGAACUUUUUUAUAGUGAAAAAGAGCUAAUUUAAUACUUUUAGGGUGCAAUUGAAAAUGAAAGGUGAGAAUUUGGAUAAAAUUGAAAAUUUUAAAAGAUGAAGGUGCAAAUGAAAGGGGGUUGAAAGGUGGGGUUUUUCAGAGAAUUGGCUAAAAAAUAAAUGACCCCACCUUCCUAAACAAAGUAUCAUGGUUGAAAGAGGGGAAAAGGGGCAAAUAUGACCCUAAUGUUUGGGGUAAAGACCAACUAAGCCCCUAAUCAAUUUUCAGUCUCAAAAGGACCCUUAACGUUUUGAAACAGGACCAGAUAAACCCUUCUGCUUCACAGUGUUUAUUCCCGUUAGUUUUUGCCCACCUGUAAUUUCCACCUCAUUUAUUAAUGCAGGCAUUUAAUUCCACGUGGCCCUCUAAUUAAUACACUCACCCACUACACUCACCCACUACACUCACCCACUCAUCAGUAAUUGAAAUUCUUGAACCCUAAUUGAAAUCCCCAAUUCUCCAUUCUUCAUUUCAUCUUCCUUCUUUCUAAUUUUCUCUUCCAUUUGCUGCAACGGCUCUCGUAAUUAUGGCUUCAUCGUCUUCUUCGUCACGUAAACAAAGAAGAACGUGUGAUUACACUUACGAAGGAACAAAAUUCUGCAACUGUGUAAUUAGAGGGCGUAGAAAUCGACCAGCACCAAGGUUCUUCUCUUGGACACCGAAUAAUCCUUGUAGGAGGUUUUAUGGAUGCAUAGAUUACAAGGAUGAUGGUGGCUGUAAUUUUUUUGAAUGGCAUGAUGGGCCAAUGAGUGAGAGGGAAAAAAAUGUAAUGAAUGCCCUAAUUGAAAAAAGGGAGCAAAGCUUGAAGGCUGGACCAGACAUCGUUGCAGAUGAACUAGAGGAAUUGUGGUAUGAAGUGAGGAUUUUGAAGAAGAAAGAGCAAUGUGGAGAUUAUGAAUUGAUGGUUGCUAAAAAAAAGUUGAGAUGGGCAUACAUGUUUUCUGCAUUCUCAAGCCUUGUAAUACUGUGUAUGCUUGUAUUGUAGAAUGCAACAAAGUUGUAGUGUGUAUUGGUUCCUUUGAAUGGUUUUUGAAUGGUUUGA